UGGGUUCCUACACUUAACUUCGGCCUGUGGAGUUGAAACACUGAGGUACCAACGUUGCCGGUUUCCGUAUUCCUCCGCUUUCGAAAAAAAGUGCUUUACUCAGCUUGUUGUGUCCCUCCGCUGCCUUAGAGCACACAAGCAGGAGGCGCUUCUUCUGGCUGUGAGGAACACCGUAGAUCUACGAAGACAAAAGACCUUACUCGGACACGGAAGAUUCGCCCGUGUGUGUCUGCUUAUGCUGGCGGGCGCAUUCUACAGAGGAUAGGAAUUUGUCUUCUCGUUCCGCUUCAGGGUCGUUGUGAGGAGACACGGGAACUCUUUCGCACGAGUGACGGCGGAUGGAUCUCUAGAUACCUUUCCCGAUAUCGUUCGUCCUUCGUCACCGCCAUCUUGGAUUUUAAUCCGCCAUUUUUCCCCUUGGAAUUAUUAUUUUUUUUUUUUAUGAUUAAUUCCACCUCCCCCCCCCCCCUCGGCCGGGAUUCUGGACAUCGGCGACGGAGACUUUGGACUUCUGGGGUGCCGGGUGGCGAAGAAGCCCUCGAGGUCUAGGGGCAGCCAGGAGGAAGCUGAACUGCAAUUGACUUCUUAAAGCCUUUGGAAGAAGGACUAAAUGCAACGGGGGCAGAUUGCCUGUGGGAAUGAAGUGGUUGGGAGAAUCCAAGAACAUGGUGGUGAAUGGCCGGAGAAAUGGAAACAGGUUAUCUAAUGAUCAUCAUCAGAACCAGUCCAAAUUACAAAAUCCUGGAAAGGAAAAUCCAAAGACUGGCAAAAAUGGAGUUGAGAGACGAUCAAGCAGAUGUAGUGGUGGUUCGGGAUUUGAAGGCCAAAGUCGCUACGUGCCUUCCUCUGGAAUGUCUGCCAAGGAGCUGUGUGAGAACGAUGACCUAGCAACUAGUUUGGUUCUUGAUCCAUAUUUAGGGUUUCAGACACAUAAAAUGAACACUAGGUUUCGACCAAUAAAAGGAAGGCAGGAGGAACUGAAGGAGGUAAUUGAACGUUUUAAAAAAGAUGAGCACUUGGAUAAAGCCUUCAAGUCCUUGACGUCAGGUGACUGGGCCCGGCACUAUUUUCUUAACAAGAACAAAAUGCAGGAAAGGUUGUUCAAGGAACAUGUAUUUAUUUAUUUACGAAUGUUUGCAACUGACAGUGGAUUUGAAAUAUUACCAUGUAACCGCUAUUCAUCAGAGCAAAAUGGAGCCAAAAUAGUUGCAACGAAAGAGUGGAAACGAAAUGACAAAAUAGAAUUACUAGUGGGUUGUAUUGCUGAACUGUCUGAACUAGAAGAGAAUAUGCUGCUCAGACAUGGAGAAAAUGACUUCAGUGUCAUGUACUCAACACGGAAAAACUGUGCUCAGCUGUGGCUUGGUCCAGCUGCGUUCAUCAACCAUGAUUGCAGACCCAACUGUAAGUUUGUGUCGACAGGCCGGGAUACAGCAUGUGUGAAAGCUCUACGAGAUAUUGAACCUGGAGAAGAAAUUUCUUGUUACUAUGGGGAUGGUUUUUUUGGAGAAAAUAAUGAAUUCUGUGAAUGCUAUACAUGUGAAAGACGUGGAACUGGUGCUUUUAAAUCAAGAGUGGGACUGCCUGCUCCUGCUCCUGUGAUAAAUAGUAAAUAUGGACUCAGAGAAACAGAUAAGCGUUUAAACAGGCUGAAAAAGUUGGGUGACAGCAGUAAAAAUUCAGACAGCCAGUCUGUCAGCUCUAACACUGAUGCAGAUACCACUCAGGAAAAAGUUAAUGCAACUAACCGUAAAUCUUCAAUUGGUAUAAAAAAGAACAGCAAGAGCAGAGCAUUAACAAGGCAGUCUAUUUCAAGAAUUCCAGCUUCAUCAAAUUCUACCUCAUCCAAACUAACUCAUCUAAAUAAUUCCAGGGUACCAAAGAGACUGAAAAAGCCUGCAAAGCCUUUACUUUCUAAGAUUAAGUUGCGGAAUCAGUGCAAAAGGCCAGAACAGAAAAAUGCUUCUAGAAAACUCGAAAUGGGAAGUUUGGUUCUUAAAGAGCCUAAAAUAGUCUUGUAUAAAAACUUGCCUAUUAAGAAGGAGAAGGAAACAAUAGGACCAGUGAAAGUAUCCAUCUCUGGUGGCUGCUUAACAAGGCAUGCAGCACGAGAAUACAAACUGAAUUCUGUGAAAGGUGCUUGUGAACCUGGAGAAGUAUCACCAUGUACAUAUAUAACAAGGAGGUCAGUGAGAACAAGAAUGAAUCUGAAGGAGACCUCUGACUUAAAGCUUGAACCAAAUAUGCUGAAUAGCUAUAAAAACAACUUGACUGGCACACGAGCCAACGGCUUGGAACAUCAGUCUCAUAUGAUGCACGAGGAUGAACAGGCUCAUGUGACAUCACAUAAGGGGGAGGGUAGGUGUCAGAAGAAUGACAGGGUUAUGGCCAAAAAGAAAUACCGACAAAGAAGACUUGUGAAGCCAUCUGCAAAAAUGGAGGAAACUGAUCCUGCACAUGACAUGCCCAGCAAAGACAGAGUGCCGGAUUUAAUCAGUUCACAUUCUGACUUAGGAGAAAGGAACAAUCUAGUAGAUUCAGCCAUUGGAUAUAAAGAUUGUAUUCCUGUAUCUGGUGGGUGCUCCAUUGUGACUUCGGAUACUUUCAAAGCAAAGGACCGUUUUAGAACUGCAAAAAACAAAAAGAAAAGGCGAAUCACAAGGUAUGAUGCACAACUAAUUCUUGAAAACAGCUCUGGGAUUCCCAAACUGACUUUGCGGAGGCGGCAUGAUAGCAGCAGCAAGACAAAUGACCAAGAAAACGAUGGAAUGAAUUCUUCGAAAAUAAGCAUCAAGCUAAGUAAAGACCAUGAAAAAGAUAAUAACUUAUAUGUAGCAAAGCUUAAUAAUGGGUUUAACUCAGGAUCAAGUAACAGUUCAACAAAAUUAAAAAUACAGUUGAAACGGGACGAAGAACCCAGGGGGACAUAUACAGAGGACCUCCAUGAAAAUGGAAUGUGUUGUAGUGAUCCUCUUUCUCUCUUAGAGUCACGAAUGGACGUGGAUGAUUAUAGUCAAUAUGAAGAAGAAACUGUGGAUGAAUCAUCAUCUGCAGAGGAAGAAGAAGAAGAAGAGGAUGAAUAUGAUGAUGAUUUUGAGGAUGAUUUUAUUCCUCUCCCUCCAGCUAAACGAUUAAGGCUUAUAGUUGGCAAGGAUUCAAUAGACAUAGACAUUUCUUCCAGGAGGAGAGAGGAUCAGUCUUUAAGGCUAAAUGCAUAAGCUUACAGAUCUUUCUGAACAGGAUUUCCAUUUUUUAAAAAACAAAAAUUCCAGUCAAUUAUUCCUCAACUGAUGAACUUUCUGAAAUGUUAGUGGAAGCACUUCUUUAUUGUUUAUUCACUUAUAUCAAUAUAAUAUUGUAGAAAAUGUACAGCAUACUGACUCCUUAAGUCAUUUGUGCAGAUUUUUAUUGUACUUUUUAAUAGCCUUCUUAUGUGCAAUUCUGAGUUAGAGAAAAUGCUCUAUUGUAAAAUAAAGGCUCAAGCAAAAUUUAAAAUUGCCAUCAAAUUUUUCCAUGCAGGAUAAUUAAAUCACAAUAAUGUGGCUAUACAAUUAUUUUUUAAAUCUGUGAGAGCAUUAUUUUGCUCUUACACCUGACUCAACAAUACUUUAAAACAAAUCAUAGUAGCGGCAUAUUAAGGUUUUCUAGUAUGUUAAUAUCACCAGCAAUGAACUACAGCUUUUUUGGUUUAUUUGCUAGAUGUUUUCCCCCCUUGGAGUUUGUCAGUUUUAACACUGUAUGCUGUCCCCAGACGUACUGUUUGUGGCCUUUGUUAUAGUAGCAAACCGUUGGUUGGAAGUCAAAUUGAUUUCUUUUAAAAAAAAGGUGUUGACAGUUUGCUGACUUUUAGUACAUUAUAUGUACAAGGGUAGCAGUAUGCAGAAUACAAGUUUGGAUAUGGUGUAUUUAUUUCUUGUUAUGUAAAUUAAAACACCUUGUAUUUAACACUUUUUCAAUACUUUUAGAUAAAAUUGUUCUUUGCAAGAAUGAUUGGUGCUUAUUUUUUCAAGAACUUGCUGUGAAACAAUGUGAUUACAACAGGCAACAUUUAUCCAAUGAACUGCAGCUAUCCUAAUUUGGAUCCUCAUUGUUUUCUGUUGCACUUGUAAAAUGCUACAAGGAAUUUAAAAAAAAACUAUUCACUUUAAUUUAUGAUAGUUUUAUGAAAUUUAAAAGAAAAACUUUAAAGUCACAGCUUUUGUUCUGUGGUAAUCUAUAAAAAUGUUUGUCUUUUGAGAUACUGUGUAAAGGACUGAAAAAUGUAUAUGUUGUAAAUAUUUGUGUGUUGUGAGAAAUUUUGUCAUAAAAAAAUUGAUAACUUACCAGAAGGGUUUUUAAGUUUAGAAAUACAUUCAUGCCAAUAAAUAGGAAAUUGUAAACCUA